AUGAAGAAUGUUGAGAACUCUGAAUUCUAUGCUGGAAUGUGCUCCGAUAUCGAACAGAACAAAACAUUUCAAAAAUAUUUGUUUCGCCUUUUAGGCUCCUACUCACAUGUUCAGGUGGUAAUCUAUGCUAUGGGAAGCAUCGAAUACAGUUUUAAUUCACAGUUUCAGCUUUCCGUAGUUCUCCUACUCAAACGAGAUUUUCCCAAUUGGAUUGGCAAUAUACAAAUAUACGAUCCUGACAUGUCUCCAGCUGAUAUCAUAGUUUUCAAGGAACUAGGUUUUGAGGUACUGACCAUCGAUGAAAAUUGUAAGAGAGAAGUUCAGAGACCAACAAUGUUCUACAUGCCUAAUCCUUGUUAUCAUCUUAUUGGCAACCUGCUGGGAGCCAAUUGGUCUUCAUCUUGUAUUAACCAGAUUUUUUUGCUGACAAACACAUUGAGCGGUACGUUGACCGAUAUGCCACAAUGUAAUUGUGUUCUUCUUGAAACAAGGCUACGCUUAGAGAGAAUUCUCGACUUCACAACAGAGAUUGACAAAAAAACUAGCGACGAUCAGAUGUAUACUGACUUGUUCUUAGAAUUUGCUUGGCAUUUCUUUGACGUGGAUCCCAGCAUUGACAUGGAAACAUUACUGCCUGCGACUGAAAUUACAGAACGUAAAGGAAAUGACAAUCUGGGAUUCUGGGUUGGAUGUGCAAAGAUGUUGUAA